AUGCUUGGCUUUGCACUACAUCCAGUGUACGCCGAGAUCGCCCGAGAGUUACCUGAGACCGCUGUAUCGGGAACCGGCACGUUGUGCAAGAUUGCUGUUUACUAUUUCCGGCGACUGUUUGCUACUGAGGAUAUUUGCGAGAUACGACGUGAUAUGCUGGCCUGGAUGAAAGGUCGCUUUACCCGAACGAAGCCUAGCGAGUUUCCCAAUGUACCAUGGGAGUACUGGGAGUGCGUUGCGACGGAACGUCCCAAGAGCCAGCUUCCAACACUCGCCAUGAGGGUUCUCUCUAUUGCACGCAAUCGUAUGGCUCCAACUAAAGUCCUCGAUUAUCACAUCAUUGCCAAGCAUGUUCGCAAUCGGUCUAAAAAGAUUGAUUCCGGGGAUCCAAGGAAAAAGCUUCUUAUUUCUCCCAUUGAGAGAGAAAUUAUAAUGGAUGCUACGAGCAGAUCUAACCUGUUUGAACCUUCACCCCAUCAACAGGGGUCAUCGAAUGCAGACCAUGACAGUGACGAUGACGAUCCGGGUGACGGUGCUGAUGGAACAGCUACUUUGACGAUGUGGGGGGAGUUUCUCGACGAGGUGUUUGAGGAUGAAGAAAUUGAUGCGGGCUACACAGAAAACGAAGCUGGUCCUGAGCUGAGAAUGUUAAGAGAACAACGUGAAGAUGAUUCGGAGGACGAGAAUGAACUGGAAAAUAUCCCUUCCCCGAUCAAGCACGAAUUUACUGUCCAUAAUGACCGAAACUUCCCACAAGAAGCGCUAAUACUCCAGGGAUUUCGUGGUCGGAAAUCAACACUUACGGAGCUAUUUGUUUGA